AAAAUAAAAAAGAUUUUUUAGAACGUGUAGAUGUCUAUACUAAUCAAAAACAAUUUUAAAUCAUUAAAAAAUACACAAGUUUUUUUAUUAUAGUUUACAACUUGUGUAAAAUUGCAGUUAUGGAACAAUUAGCCAAUUGUACGCUGCAAAUUGACAAAGUAAAAUCUAAUGAUAAAGAUGUUGCCUUAACUAUCCAUAGAAAAUCAAGCAAAAAGUCUUUGUCUAAAAAAAGAAAAACUGAUAAAAAGAAAAGUAAAAAACAUAAGAAAAAGAGAAAAUGUUCAUCUUCAAGUAGUGAAACUGGUGACAGUGAUAAAGUUGAAUGGGUGGAGAAAAAAGUUGAAGAUCAAACUUCUCCACAUAACAUUACAAAUCUUGUUAAUGAUGAGACACAAAAAAAUGUACUUAAAAGAGAUGAAUGGAUGAGUGUGGAAAGUUUCCUUCCAUAUCUAUCCAAAUCUGAUAGAAAAAAGCAAAAAUCGAAUAUGAAAGAGGAAGACAAAAUUUUUCUGGAUAAACCAGGACAAAGUGAUAGAGAAUUAAAUCCAUAUUGGAAAGAUGGAGGUGAUGGAUUACCUCAAAUUAACCCAGGAAGAUUUAAUAAUCCACAAGUUUUGGAUGCAAACUGGCUAAAAAAAAGUCUUCGACGUGCAGAGGAACAAGCUCAUAGAGAUGGUAAAACUUUAGAAGAAGUGGCUACAGAACGUUGGGGUUCUCUAGAAACUAUACAAUCAAUGAUAAUCAAUGCAGAAAAAAUGUCAAAUGCUGAACAGAAUAAAUUACAUUUUAAAAAACACUACAAUGAUGGACAUAAAAAUUUACAUAGAAUUUCAAGUUCAAGAUUAAGAAAUCGUUCGAGAUCUAAAUCCAGAAGUAAAGAACGCACUGACAAAUAUAAUUCUGAUUAUUUCUCACAACGUCACAUGGAGAAAAAACAAAGCUAUCAAAGACCCAAAGCUAAUGACAAUUAUUAUCAACAAACUGCACAUAAUUCUACUAGACCAAAAGAUAAUGACAAUUAUUAUCAACAAAAUAUACAUGGAUCUACUAGUAGCCAUAUAAAAAAUUGGAAGAAAGAUAAAAGAGAUGAGAGAAAGCAUGAAUCUGAAUUAAUUGAAUCAUCAAAAUUGGAAGAAACCAAAAUGGAGAAUAUUAGUAACAUACAUGAAACAGAUAAAGACAAAAAUAUUAGCAUUCUAACAGAAGCAGAAAUGAAUAAAUUAGGAGCAAAAAUUAUUAAAGCUGAAAUAAUGGGCGAUAAUGAAUUGGCAACUCAACUUAAAGUACAAUUAGAACAGGCAAGAAAACUUGCUGCAGCAAAUAAUACUAAUAGACAAGAAGAAACUGUAUUUCUUACAAAAACUGAUGCAAAAGGUGUUGCAAGACCAAUUCAACCCAGAAGUCAAUCUGAGCAAUUUGCAGAAAGUCAUAGAAAAAAGAAAACCAUGGCGACACAUGUCUCUGGGGAGAGGAUACGUUAUUUUGCAGAUGACGAUAAAUAUUCUUUACAAGAAAUGUUUCAACGAGAAAAAGGAAGACUUACAAAUGAAGAUGAAGCGAUGUUCACUAAACUUGUUGCUAAGAAUAAAGAUAUAGAUGAUAUAUUUGAACAACAAAUUGCACAGACAAAUUCGGAAGUGAAGCAAGAUAGGCGAGAUCGCUCACAUGCAAUUAAAGAGCACAAACAAUUAUCUAAUCAGAUGGAAAAUUGUUUGUGGUGCUUAGAUUCGAAAAAUAUGUUAAAACACAUGAUAGUUACAAUGGAUUCCAUGAUUUGCUUAAGUCUGCCUGCUUAUACUUCCUUAAUUACAAAUCAAUGUAUAUUGACACCUGUACAACAUGUAGCUUGUCAGUUACAAUUAGAUGAAGAUGUAUGGGAUAGCCUCAAGGAGUUUAAAAGAAAUUUGAUAAAAAUGUUUAUGAAAGAAGAUCUUUACCCGAUAUUUUUUGAAGUGUAUAAAAAACGUCGUAAAUUUUCACAUAUGCAAUUAGAAUGUAUUCCAUUACCAAAAGAAACUGGUGAAUCAGCACCAUUAUACUUUAAAAAAGCUUUACUGGAAUGUGAAACUGAAUGGUCUAUUAACAAGAAAAUAGUUGAUUUAAAAAAUAAAGAUAUACGUCAUGCUGUACCAAAUGGUUUAUCAUAUUUUAUGAUAGAAUUUGCUUCGCAUCCCGGUUAUGCUCAUGUAAUUGAAGAUGAAGAAAUGUUUCCGAAGAAUUUUGCUGAGGAAAUAAUAGGUGGUAUGCUGGACUUGGAUUGUAAUCUGUGGCGAAAACCAAAAAGACAGAGUUUUGAUGAACAAAAAGCAAAAGUGCUAAUAUUUACAGAAAUAUGGAAAAAACAUAAUUCUCCAUAAAAGAUAUUUAACUAUUAUACUCAAAAAAGUUUCAAAUCUUUUCGAUUUAUGUGAAUUGAAA